AUGGUCCACAAAGUCCUCUUCUGGGGCGGCUUCGGCAUCGCCGUCCGUCUCUGGCAGCUCGGUAUCGAAAUGCGUCCCAUUCUCGCCAAGGAAUCUCUCUGGGUGUACCCUCUCUUCGCCGGUGUCGGUAGCAGCUUCGGAUACUGGCUCCAGGGCGUUGAGGACAGACAGCUCAAGAUCCUUGCGCAGCGCCGCGAGGCUAUCCUCGAAAAGCGUCGGAGACGUGACCAGAGCACAUUGAGCAAGGUUGAGGAGGCCGGCACUCUUGCCGCGACGUCGUGA